UAACCAGUACUCAGGUUGAAUCUCAAACUGCUCACAUUGGUACCCAGAAGACGCACCUCUCACCUACGGACCAGGAUAAUCAUGCAAAGAUUGCCCAACAAAUUGCAAUCCCAGAGCUUGUUCACUCUGAAACACCUCAGAGAGGCUAACUAAAUGGAGUCUCACAAUGGCGAGGCUGAUGACUUGCCUCCUCCACCUCCUCUAAAUGCGGGCAUUGAACAUCUUAAAUCUGAGGAAACAAAGAAGCUGUUGAAACCUAAGAGGGCUUUGAUCCCUAGGAAAGGUUUUGGCAAAAAGGGGCAGCCAAUAAGGCUUGUAACAAACCACUUCAAAGUUUCGCUGAAGAACACUGAAGAAUUUUUCUAUCACUACUACGUGGAUUUGAAAUAUGAAGAUGAUACACCUGUUGGCAAGGGAGCAGGCAGGAAUGUGAUUGAGAAACUUCAGCAAACCUAUGCCACUGAACUUGCAAACAAAGAUUUUACGUGUGAUGUUGAGAAGAGCCUGUUCACAAUUGGUGCUCUUCCUCAAAAUAUUAACGAGUUAACUGUUGUGGUGGAAGAUGUUUCAACUGGAAAGACUCCUGCAAAUGGCAGCCCUGGCAAUGACAGUCCACCUGGAAGUGACAGGAAAAGGGUCAGAAGACGUACAAAGUUGAGCUGUCUUUCGCAGCAAAAAUUCCUAUGAGUGCAAUCGCACAUGCUUUGAAAGGUCAGGAAUCAGAGCAUACUCAGGAAGCGAUUCGAGUGAGUGAUAUUAUUCUGAGGCAGCACUCAGCAAACCAUUAUGCAUUUUUUUUCACUCAAUUAAGAUGGCAUAUUUUAACGCAAUUUUAAAAUACAACUCCAGUCUUGGCAAAAAAAAACUUCAUCAUCGUUUCAGCUAAAAAACAAACAAAAGAAAAGGAGGAAAUUUCAUACUCUCUAUGUUGCUGGCAGUGGUGCUGCUAGUGCUAUAGCAACCGAUUCGGAAAGCGCUCCAGACAGCGUCCACAAAUCGGGCGGUAUGGAAGGAAUCCAAGAAAUAAACCACAGCCACUGAUUCGAUCACGCCGGCCGACCAGCGGCGGCGGCAGGGUGACGGAGGAGAGCCGCGCAGCUGGUGAGGUCGGCCGG